AUGUCGCUAAUGUUGGUUCUAUAUUCGCUGUUCAUUCUGUCUACGACAUUACUAUGCUCACAAGCCGCAUACACAUGCGAUCCGACGACUUGUGUUUCUCCUAACUGCUUCUGUGCCUCAACCACUCCUCCGGGGAAUAUACCCAUUGACCAAGUACCGCAGUUUUUCGUUCUCAGUUUCGAUGAUGCUAUGCAACCGGCAAUGCAACCAAGUAACGAUACGUUUAUCCAAGACACUCAUCCCAAUUCUGCACAUUUAGUCUUCGACACUCUAAUGAAGGGAAAGAAGAAUCCUAAUGGCUGCCCGAUUACUGCGACGUAUUUCCUCCAAACUUAUUAUACUGAUUUUGGACUCGUUACCAAUUGGUAUGCCGCUGAAAAUGAGGUUGCCGAUCAUACAAUGACGCACCCAAAUUUGCCAGGAGAACCCGAAAUAACCGGUAACAUACUCGCAGUCAAUGCCCUUGCCGGCAUUCCGAAAAGUAAGAUUACCGGUUUCCGAUUUCCAUUUCGAAAUUACACGGCACCAUUGUUCCAGUUACUAUCAAAACUCGGAUUCGCUUACGACUCGACUGUGAGUGCUGGUCCGACCGACAUGUAUUGGCCGUAUACGCUGGAUAACGGCAUUGCUAAUGAGUGUUGGUCGGGCAUUUGUGAUGCCGGUUUGAAGUUGCCAGGAAUGUUUGAAUUCCCAAUGUAUGCUAUUCCCGGCGGUGACGGUGUAAUGUAUUUGAUGGAUCCGUUGUUAACUGUUCCACUGGAUCAAGGCAAACAAUGGCUUAUUAAUAGCUUUAACCAACAUUACAAGAACGGUAAAGCGCCAUUUGGCCUUUACCUUCACGGCGCUCAAUAUUUACCUCAACCAGGCCGUCCAGAUCCCGGCCCGAUAAUCGCAGCCUAUAAUAGCGUUAUACAAUACGCUCUUUCCCAACCGAACGUUUAUGCCGUUACUUAUUCUCAAGUGCUCGCUUGGAUGAAGAAUCCUGUCCCGGUUUCCCAACUUGCUGGACAUCCAGCAUUCAAAUGCACUAUUCCAAAACUUGGCAAAGAAAUAUGUAACGGCCUUGAUGACAAUGGUGACGGUAAUAUUGACGAAGGAUUGAAACAACAAUGCAAUACACCCACAUCUACCUUCACGACAUGCUACAACUGUCCCGUCGACACGCCUACACCAGGCAACCCCCUUCCAAAGAGUGUAAAUCAAAACAGAUUUGUAGUAAGCAGUACAUGCGAUACUGUAUACUGGGAUCCUGUUGCUGGACAAUGUUUAUGUCAGGAUAAAUCAUGCGCGUUCACGGAUUUGUCCACGAUAGGGGACAGCAGUGGGAAUAAUAGUACCAGUGCAACAUUACCCCCAAACGCUACGCCAGCUCCCAAUCAAUCUAGCGUUAGUGUCUUUGUAACAGCCGUCGGGUCAUCAUCAAUUCACAGUUCUUCAACUAUAACUUCUUCUUCAGCUACGCCUACCACGACUGACAUUAGUAAUGUCCAAACGAGCUCUAACGGCCCAUCAGCCGGAGCAAUGAUCGGUGGUAUGUUUGCGUUGACGGCGAUUAUCGUUGGCAUAAUCAUGUGUGUAGUGCGCAAGAAAAAGCGAGCUUCCAAUAACUUCUUCUCCAACAACCGACAGUCACAUCAGCUCACCGAUACUGACUUUAACGAUACUCUUGCUAUCGGACAACCUCACUAUUAUGACGAAAAGGCUAGCAGCUACUCGAGGGGUUCGAUUAUUUCUAGGCCGGAUUCAACGUACCUCGAGCGUACUGUUGAUUAUAAUAAUGGAAACAGAAUGAGCUUUGCUCCGGUUGCUGGACAGAGACACAGUUUCUUCACAGCCAAUGGAACUGCCUAUGCUCCGCCAGUGUCUUUGAUGCCAGUUAAUGGGAUGGUGAGUCCUUCGCCUCGCACCCCGCCUCCGCCUCGCACCCCAACUUACGGCGCUCCAUCAGAUUAUGGUUAUUAUCCUAAUGCAAAUGGAAAUGGCGCUGUCUAUUAA